AUGACUGAUGAACAGGUGAACAGAGUGUAUGCAUUGGUGUCAUCGUUGACGUCCUUCUAUCUGCCCCUUCCGAUCAUGUUUUACGUGUAUUUCCGUAUAUUACUGGUCGCUGAGAGACAGUCGCGAGAAAUAAAACAAUUGGAGCUCUCAUUACAACAAAACGGUUUACUCUCGGAAUCUGACGCCACGUCUGCCAAUAGCGACACAUUUGACGCCAAAAGACAUGUCGAGCGGAGUCUGAGACGAAGAACUAAACAAUUAAUCACUGAUACGAAAGCCAUUCGUACGCUCGGGAUCGUGAUGGGAGUGUUCUGUUUGUGCUGGCUAGCUGCCAUUCUUUAUAAUAUCCGAAGUGGCAUUACUUGGUUGGGUGCUCUCAAUCCAGCGAUUUAUGCAUAUCUUAACAAAGAGUUUAAAACAGCGUUUCGACGGGUGUUAUGCUGUUUGCCUCGAAUCCUAGUCGAGGGGGACAGGGAUGCGAUGAUGGAUGAGAUAUCGACGACUAGUAGAUCACUGCAGAGGAAUAUGGAUCGAUUGCACGUCAACUUCGAUCUGCCGCUCACACCGGCACUCAUGUCGAGAACCCCGAGCGCUACGCCCGACACAACCCACUGGCCUAUCAUUACCAACAACUCUCUGCCCAUCUCUUCAGAGCAGAGCAGAAACCCUUCAAUUAGUACUCACAGUCAUUGCGUGAGCAAAACAGAUGAUAAGAAGUAA